AUUCAACCACGGUUACAUUGUUACUUUUGCUGACUGCACUUUGCAAAUUGGUCAAAAGUUAUCUGGAAAAUGUGUAACUUGUAACUCGGUAGCCAAGAACAUUUCCACCCUUUACGGGUCGGGUACUCCUAUAAAAAGAAGCUGCAGGUGGGUCAGUUGUCAGAGCACCGAAGCGAAAGCGGUAAAGUAGCCAACUGCAGUUAGUUAUCCUUUUGCGCCUCCCGAAAUAUACGAUGAAUCUGUCAAGCCUCUUUCUUUUGGCCCUCGUGGCAUCAGUCGCUAUUGGCGCUGGAUCUGCCCACAGAAUAAACAGGCCCGAACAGGAGCCCCCAAAGGAGUCGUGCCAGGUUACCACCACAAGCCCGCCGUGUGAGACGACCACUCCACCAUGUGCUAGGGAAACCACGACAACAACGUGUUCCCCUACUACCACAACAACCACAACGUGUUCCCCAACUACCACGACUACAACAACAACUACGACAACAACCACAACUACGACAACAACCACAACUACGACAACAACAACCACCACCACAACUACGACAACAACGACAUGUUCCCCAACAACAACAACUACCACCACAACAACAACAACGACGACGACAACGACAUGUUCCCCAACAACAACAACAAGUACCACAACAACAACAACAACGACGACGACCACUACGACAACCACGACGACAACAACAACCACGACGACGACAACAACAACCACCACCACGACGACAACAACAACCACCACCACGACAACGUGUACUCCAACGACGACAACAACCACUACGACCACCACGACAACAACAACGACGACGACAACAACUACUACUACGACAACCACGACGACAACAACCACAACAACAACAUCCUGCGAAACAACAACGACUGAGUCUCCAGAACAACCCCCCUGUGAGCCCAACGAGCCGUCAACUCCUACUCCAUCACCACCCUCUCCCUGUGAGCCCAACGAGCCGUCAACUCCCACUCCAGCCCCACCUUCACCAUGUGAGCCUAAUGAAACGACAACUCCGCCACCUUCACCUUGUGAGACGACCACCACUACGACAACAACCACAACAACCACGACCACCACGACAACAACUACAACCACUACGACCACCACGACAACAACUACGACGACUACCACCACAACGACAACGUGUACUCCAACGACGACAACAACCACUACGACCACCACGACAACAACAACGACUACAACCACCACAACAACAACGACGACGACGACAACAACUACUACUACGACAACCACGACGACAACAACCACAACAACAACAUCCUGCGAAACAACAACGACUGAGUCUCCAGAACAACCCCCCUGUGAACCCAACGAGCCGUCAACGCCCACUCCAUCACCACCCUCUCCCUGUGAGCCCAACGAGCUAUCAACUCCUACUCCAGCCCCACCUUCACCAUGUGAGCCUAAUGAAACGACAACUCCGCCACCAUCACCUUGUGAGACAACCACCACUACAACAACGACGACCACCACAACAACAACGACGACCACCACAACUACGACCACCACAACAACAACGACGACUACCACAACAACGACGACCAUCACAACUACGACCACCACAACAACAACGACGACCACCACUACAACAACGACGACAACCACCACAACAACAACACCCUGUGAAACAACAACGACGACAACCACCACAACAACAACACCCUGUGAAACAACAACGACUGAGGCUUCAGAACAACCCCCCUGUGAGCCCAACGAGCCGUCAACUCCCACUCCAUCUCCACCUUCUCCCUGUGAGCCCAACGAGACGACAACUCCGCCUCCUUCACCUUGUGAGACGACAACAACCACGACCACCACAACAACAACCACGACUACCACAACAACAACCACGACCACCACAACAACAACCACGACUACCACAACAACAACCACGACUACCACAACAACAACCACGACCACCACAACUACAACAUGUAUACCACCAACAACAACCACUAUUCCCCAACAGCCACCGUGCGAACCAACAACCACACCAACACCCCCUCCCUGUGCUCGCAAGACCACCACCACCCCACCUCCGUGCGAAGAGACAACGACACCUGCCUGCGACACUAAGAGUGAUCAGAGUGGUCUAGCUCAAUUGAUUCCCAAGCCAAUUAAGGAUCUCUUUGCUGAUUCGAGCACCAGCACCAAAGCGACCAUCCCGAUCGGAUCCAGUGGCAUGUGCGCUGGUCGCGCGGACGGAAGUAUAGUCCAGGACCCGAAUCAUUGCAGGAGGUACUAUGAAUGCCGCGCUGGACGUCGGCUGUUGCGCAAGUGCCGCGCCGGUCUGUGGUACGAUUCAGAGGCAGGAGAGUGCCUUCCACGUAGCCAGGUGUUGAACUGCCCGGCUCAACGUAACUGAAAUUUUUUAGCCGACUCGACGCAACUGGAAUGGUUUCAGAGAUUGUAUUGCAACUUUUAUCCGUAGCCAACAGUAACCUACUACUCAAUAGACAGCAUAUAAAUUUCACAGCAAAUGAUAUUUCGUCUUUAAAUUUUCAUUCAAAACCCCAAUUUAAAUAUUUUCAGUUCAGCUAAUCAGUAAAAAUUACACUUAUUCCAAAUCAUCUAAUGAAAUUAUUGAAACUGAAUAGUUCCAAACAAAAUCGAUGAAUUUCUUUAAGAACUUCCAUAAAUGUGGAUUGCUUUUCAAAAACUUAUAUGUAAAUCACACUUCAUUCUAUAAGGUGAUUUUGUGAUAACAUGUAACAAAUAGUUAAGAAACCGUCCUAUUCCUGAGAAAAAGUGUUCGGGUUAAAUAAUGUUGUCGUUUAACUGAAGUAGUUUAAUCGGCACAUGAAACAUUGUUAACGCUUGACUUGAUUAAAGGUCAUUGACUUUUCACUUCUGCCAA